AAAAAUAUGUAUAAACAUAAAUAUAAAAAUCUCACACUCGUACAAAAACAAAAAUAUAUCGGUUCUUUUAGUUAUUUGAUAAAAAACAUGUUGAUUGUUCUAAACUUCCCAUAUCUUAAAAUUAAUCAAUUUUGUCAUAUUUUAUUAAAGGUUUAACAGCCAGGGUGAUAUCUUAUAAAAGAAACUGAUCAUGGUACUGCAAAUCCUGGACUGUAAAAAAUAUGGUAUAAAAUCAAUGACGAAUACAUUAUUCGCCUUCAAUUUGCCGAUGAUAUAGUAUUCAUGGCGGAAUCCCUGAAGGACUUGAAUACUAUGCUCAAUGACCUCAAUAGUGCUUCUAGACUGAACCGAUAUGACAUCGUGACAUUCAAGAAAAGAGCAUAUUCCUUUUUAAAAGGCCAGCAACACACCUGUAAUACCUCAGAUAUUACAGGUACUCAUAGAUGAUGGUCGUCACUUACCAUCAGAUGUUAUGGAUUAGUUAAUUGCAUUACUCUAAGAGACAAAAAUGGCAGAUUCAAUAAGUAAAAGAAAACGGAAGGUUCAAGAUACAGAAAAGGAAUCAGAAGUUCCUAUAAUGAAGAAUAAACCUAGGACUAGAAGCCCACAAAACAUCAAGGAAUGUAAAGGAAAUAUCAAAAGCAAAGAAGAAGGCAAGCUAGAUGAUAAAGUUCCCAGUAAAAAAAUGAAAAGAAAUAUUGAAAUUGAUUAUAGUGAUAAAACAACUUUUACCAACAGUAAUGAUGACUCAGAAAAUACUGUAAUUGAAGAUGAUGAGGCUGCUAUAUUAUCACAUAUUGAGAAGAUUCCACAGAAAUUGGCUCAUAAUUUCAUUUCACUUUUAUCUCAAGGAUGCACUUUGCCCUUUAUUGCUCGAUAUAGAAAAGAAGCAGUAGAUUUUUUAAUGCCUGAUCGUUUGCAGGAGUUAUUUGAAAGUUAUCAAAAUGUUACACAGUUGAAAAAGAAGAUAAAGUCUGUGAUUGAAACACUGCGCAAGUCAAAGAAGCUAACACCAGAUGUUGAAAAAAGCAUUUUGAAUGCUAAGAGUUUGCCUGAAAUUGAUUUAGUGUAUGCACCAUUGAAAUCUCACUCACUAUCGUUGGCGGAAAGAGCUCGUAAUUUAGGCCUAGAGUCAUAUGCAGUAGCAAUGUUAAAUGGGCAAUACAUUGAUCUGAAGUCUUUAUGCACCGAUGAUGAAGAGCUGUCAUCAGUAGAGAAAGUGGAUACACACAUCACUCACAUAAUAGCCGAUGUUAUUUAUAAAGAUAUAAGAGUUCUUGAACAAAUGCGGAAAUUGAAAGAAGAAACAAGAUUCAUAAUACAAAGUAGUCGAACUAAAAGCUCUACAAAAGUGAAGGUGGACAGUAGCAAAAAGAUUGAUUCUAAAUCUGACCCAGAGACAUACGAGUUGUAUUUUCAAUGGUCAUGUCCAUGUCAAUUCGUAAAACCUCAUCAAAUUUUAGCUAUCAAUAGAGGAGAAGAUGAGAAGAUCCUGUCUGUAAAAGUCAUUAUUCCUGAUUGGUUUUAUAAUAAAUUAGAAAGAUUCUGUCUAACAUUAUGGAAGAGCAAACAUUGGGUUUGUAAAGGUCUAGGCGAUGCCUUUAAUCGACUCAUCAAGCCGUGGCUCUCAAGACAAGUACGUUCGGACCUCACUUCUGUAGCACAGAAGGAAGCUGUGAGGACAUUCACUACCAAUCUUGAGAAAUAUCUGUUGACUGAACCUAUAAAGAAUAGAACAAUAGCUGGAUUGGAUCCUGGAUUUAAGGCUGGGUGUAAGGUAGGUAUUAUUAAUCCAAAUGGAGAUAAAAUUGAAGUUUGCACGAUACAUCCGAAUUUAAGACAAAAUAAUCAACACGAUCCAGCAGUUAUACAAUUGAAAUAUCUUUUACAAAAAUACAGAGUAGAAUUAAUUAGUUUGGGUAAUGGAACCGCAUGUCGUGAGACUGAGUCUUGGUUGAAAGCCCACCACGUGGCUGGCAAUAUACCUAUUGUAAUAGUGCCGGAACAAGGUGCUUCUAUUUAUUCGAUAAGUAAAGAAGCUCAAAAGGAGCAUCCUAAUAUGGACCCGAAUUUAAUCUCUGCAUUAUCAAUCGCCAGAAGGGUGUUGGAUCCACUGGGAGAAUUGAUAAAAGUGGAUCCGAAAAAUUUAGGCGUUGGACUUUAUCAACACGAUAUACCUCCAAAGAUGAUGGAGUCCGCGCUAGACUGCACAGUGGAAAAAGUGGUCAGUUUGGUUGGAGUCGAUAUAAAUACCGCAUCACAAGCUAUGCUACGACGCAUUGCUGGCUUAAGCGAAGGAAGAGCAAAGAAAAUCUUAGCGUAUCGUCAAGAUAACGGUGGAUUUACAACAAGAGCUGAGAUAUUAAAAGUAUCCGGUAUUGGGAAAACUACCUAUCAACAAUGCGCUGGUUUUCUAAGAGUUGUUGGUGGUACUGAACCAUUGGAUGCUACAAUUAUACAUCCGGAAAGUUACAGUAUAGCAAAAUCGUUUGCAAAGAAAAUUGGUGUGAAUAUAAAAGAGCUGACUCAACCGCACUUCCCUCAAUUGGUUGAAUCAAAAGUCUACACUCUUGACAUUGAGAAAAUGAGCAAGGACCUUGGAUCUGAUAUUAGUACAUUAGAACUUAUAAUAGGUGCAUUCAAACAGAAAACAAACGAAGAUAACAUUAUUUCUUUCUGUAGACCUGUGUAUUCUCUUAAUGUACAGGGUGUGGAUCAAUUACAAGAGGGAAUGACACUCACAGGUGUCGUUCGCAAUGUAGUUCCAUUUGGUUGCUUCGUCGACUGUGGAAUAGGCGAAAACGGUUUGAUACACCGGAGUAAAUUGGGUGGCAGUCAAACGCCGAAACUGGGCGAUCGCGUGUCUGUCACUGUGAUUCCGUCUAACAAGCCCAAGAAGAUACAGCUCAAAUUGGAGAAAAUUUUAGACUGACUUACUAUUAGGUAAAAAUGUUUUUAUGAUUGUUAUAAUUAAUUAUUGUGAUAAUAAUGACUGCAUGAAUCUUAUCUAUUUAAAUUUGUAAAUAAAACUAUUAUUGACUA